CACGGGAUUAUGGGCGGCGGAGGCCAAUGGGGACUGUGAAGGGCGGGCCGGGGGCCGGCCGAGCGGAAGUGGGUCUCGGUGAGGCGGUGGAGUCCUGCUUGAGCGGGUCUCCUCGGCGGCUGCUGGAGGAGGCACGUCCUUGCUCGAGCGCGUUGGCUGUGGCGUCUGCCUGAUCACACCAGCUCCAAAACUUGGAAAUACUGGACAUCUAAUUGGCUCCAGAUUGUAAGCCACAGGAUGAGUAUUCAGUGGGCAUGAGAGACUGAGAACAUCCCACCUCCCCAUAAAUCUUGGUGUAUAUCACUUCCUUUUCUGUGGAUUGAAGCCAGCGAGCACAAUGAGUACAAGAAACCCUCAAAGAAAGCGGCGUGGUGGAACAGUAAGUUCUAGACAAACCCAGAAGCGAACUCGGGAAACAACUUCAACCCCUGAGAUUUCCUUGGAAGCAGAACCCAUAGAACUCGUGGAAACUGCUGGAGAUGAAAUCGUGGACCUCACCUGUGAAUCUUUGGAACCUGUGGUUGUGGACCUGACUCACAAUGAUUCUGUUGUGAUUGUUGAAGAAAGGAGAAGACCAAGAAGAAAUGGGAGAAGGUUGCGCCAAGACCAUGCUGACAGCUGUGUGGUGAGCAGUGAUGAUGAGGAACUGUCUAGAGACAAAGAUGUGUAUGUGACUACCCAUACUCCUCGAAGCGCCAAGGAUGAAGGAGCUACAGGACUCAGGCCCUCAGGUACUGUCAGUUGUCCGAUCUGCAUGGAUGGAUACUCUGAGAUUGUGCAGAAUGGGCGCCUCAUUGUUUCUACAGAAUGUGGCCACGUCUUCUGUAGCCAGUGCCUCCGUGAUUCCCUUAAGAAUGCUAACACUUGCCCAACUUGUAGGAAAAAGAUCAACCAUAAACGAUACCACCCCAUUUAUAUAUGAAAUGUUCAGAACUGCUCAGGGUAGACCAAUGGACAGACAGCCAGGCUGGCCUUUCUGCAUGGUAUCUGCCUCCAGUUUCCUGAGCUCAAAAAGACUUUAAAAAUCAAUGUCUGAUGUAAA